GGUGGAUUGUCCUAUGAUGGAGGAGCUUCAUGAUGUCCAGCUCACUGAGAUCAAACCACUGCUGACAGGACAGAAUGGGAGGAAUCUCCAGGAUUUUGAUUGUCAGGAGCACGAUGUGGAGACGGCCCAUGGCGUGCUGCACGUCACCAUGAGGGGCGCCGCUAAAGGCAACCGGCCCACGAUCCUCACCUACCACGACAUCGGACUCAACCAUAAGUCAUGUUUCAACAGCCUCUUUAACUUUGAAGACAUGCAGGAAGUGACGCAGCACUUCUCAGUUUUGCAUGUUGAUGCUCCGGGACAGCAGGAGAACGCUCCCAUAUUCCCUACAGGGUACCAGUAUCCCAGCAUGGAUGAGCUGGCUGAGAUGCUGCCAUCUGUCAUGACCCAGCUUCACAUAAAGAGCGUGAUUGGUAUCGGCGUUGGAGCCGGAGCAUAUGUCCUCACCAAACUGGCACUGAAUGAGCCCAGUUUGGUGGAGGGUUUAGUUCUGAUUAACGUUGACCCGUGUGCCAAGGGUUGGAUCGACUGGGCUGCCUCCAAGGUAACACACACACACACACACACACAAACUCUGGAUACCGACUCCAGCUGUCCUCAAACAUCUGCAGGUGGAGAAAUGUGGAGUCAGGAUAAAAUGAAUACGUAUGAUUUUUUUAGUCGCGCCGAGCUGCAGAUGGAGCGUCCUGUCUCUGGUCUGAAUGAGAACACAGCCACCACCGUCAGGUGUCCCACUCUGCUGGUCGUCGGAGACUCGUCGCCUGCCGUUGAUGUCGUGGUGGAGUGUAACUCCAGAAUGAAUCCCACCAAGACCACAUUGCUCAAGGUACCGUCUCUGCUCAUCAUUUUAUUUAUGAAACCUGAUGAUGUCACCUGGGGUGGGGGUGUGGGGGCUAGUUACAUGCCCACGGCGGGGAUGACCCGGCUGGUUCGCUCCAGGACUCACUCGGCCUCCAGCGUGGGCUCCACAGACGGCGUCCGGAGCCGCAGCACCACCAACGAGGGCGCCAACUGCGCCGAGGCUGACAACACUGCAGUACACACCGUUGAAAUGACUGCAUAGGACUGUUCCCGUUUCCUCUGUGUACCUGCAGUUCUCUCGUCCAAUCAGAUCCUUCCUUUCUUUUAGUUGUAAAUGUUUUUCCUGAAAAU